UUAAAAGCAAAUAUGGCGGAUUUGAUAUAACUUAUGGUCCUGUGCCUAUUGACUAUGUGUUGGCAAGGAUUUCUAUCGAUGGUGUGACUUCUUAUUCUGUCAAGGAAAUUAAGGAUUUGGGUGUAAAUGUAACUAUUCACAAGGAGCAGAAGACCCAAUAUGUCCACAUUUGGGUACAAUUUGGAGACUCCUUGGUGCCACACAUGUUAGUUGGAAAGUCUACUCUUCUUUAUUCGGUUGCUCCAUCAGUUGUAUUUAAGACUGCCAAGAGACCAGACAUUACAGUGACUUCCAAAGCAUAUGCUCACAGACGUUCUAUUGUGCUGCCUACCUUAAAAGGAAGCUGUACAGAAAAGAGCAUUUGUUUUAAUGUAACCCGAGGGACUGUGGAUCAUCUGUGGACUUUUUAUGUGUGGAAGUAUCCCAUGGUUCCUUCACCAUCAGAAGAGCGGGGAUAUGUUUACAAGGAUUAUUUUACUCAUUACACCAUGUGUGUGGGUAUUGAGUCUCUUUACCUCCUGCAUCGGAAUUUAACUGAAAAUGCAAGGUGGAUGGCUCUGAGUGUGUCUUUCCAUGAUGAAAGAAUGGGUCAAAUAGUGGUGGCAGCAGAGCAUAUCUGCUCCUUCCCCUCUAGUGGAGAGCUAGAAUGCACAGUUGAAGGUGAGAUGAAGGCAACUUCUUUGAGGACUGCUAUGUCUGCUGAUUCUGACCUCACAUUGUUAACUCUGAAGGAUCCUUUUUGUGGCCCCUCUGACGUCCGUGGAAGCCUGGCCUCCUUUAAUUUUCCUAUUAGCAGCUGCAGUACCACAAAAGAGUUGAAGGGAGAUUUGAUCAUUUACAGAAAUGAGAUAUCCUAUGGAGAUGAACACAACUUCACUCACAAGAUCUUUAUGCUGGGUCUCCAGUGCCAGUACUUGAGAACAAAUCUCUUAUCUUUGGAUUUCAAAAAUAAGCACACUCGCAGUCAGCCAAGACCUGCCCCAGGCCAAGGAGAUCUUAAGUUGUCAAUGAACAUUAUGAAAGAUUCCACGUUUUUACAAGAGUACCAAGAAAAUGAGUUUCCUAUCACUAAGUUUUUGAAAGAACCAUUGUAUGUGGAGGUCUACGUGCACAGUAGUGAUUCUGGCCUUGAACUAUUUUUGAAAGACUGUUGGGGAACACCAGGUCCAGAUCCAUCCAACGCCAUCUUGUGGCCCAUAAUCAAAGACAGCUGUGAGUUCAAGCAGGACAAGUACAAGAUGGAGUUUCACCCUGUGAGGCCAAACUCCAGAGUGAAGUUCCCAAAGCAUUAUAAACGCUUUGAAGUGAAAAUGUUCUCUUUUGCUGAAGCAGAGACCAAAAAGUUGUUGGAUAAUCAAAUCUACUUUCACUGUUUGGUAAUUGUAUGCGAUUCUAAAGUUUUGAAUCUUGACCGUCGUUGCAGUGGAGUCUGUAUACCAGCAAAGCAGAGAAAAGGACGAGGUGCAUCAUUUGGAGUUCAGCAGGCAAUGGUAUCAUCUUAUGGUAUUCAUCUGCAAAUAGAAGAUGUUUUCACCCAUUUUUCAAAUGCAGAGAAACACUUGUGGCUGGUGGUAUCUACAGUAGCACUGUUUUCCUCUUUAUCAUUUAUAGUGUAUGUAUACUGGAGAAUGAAACUAAAAAAUGAAGAUAAUAAAACCAGUGUUUCAUGA